AAUGGGGACUAGAUUGAAAAACUAUCUUUUUCUGAUAAUUCUUCAGAUUGGACUGCAGUUAACCAACCCUGUAAACUCUGUUUCAGUCAAUACCUUGAUAUCACCUUGGAACUUUACCUUUGGCAGCAGCAGUAGCUAUUCAGAUGAUCUGGAGGAAGACUUCCUCACCGAAGAAGAUCUUAACGGCAAUUAUACUUCUGGUGAUCUAAAAAAAUUACUGCUUACUGAUGCCGAUAAUGUUUCUGAUAUUCUGACUAAAGAACUUCAAACCAGCAUCACCAGCAAUAGUUCUGGUAUUCUGUCCAAAGUACUUCAAAACAGCACCAGAAACAGUUCUGGUAUAUUAAAUGGAAUAAUUCAAAGCAACACAUAUGAUAUCAUGUCAAUUGCACCAGCUUUCAUGAAUGAUUCUACCACCUCAAAGUCAAAUGGUUUAGAAGGUUUGACUUCAAAAGCUCCAGAACUAGAAGGUUCGACUGCAAAAGCUCCAGAACUAGAAGGUUUAACUGCAAAAGCUCCAGAACUUCCAAACACCACUGAGAUAAAAGAUUCACAGGACUUUCAGGUAGAGAUUAAAGGGUCAGACGAUGAACCUGAUAUGCAGGAUGUACAGAUUUAUCCUGAAGAUGUUAAUGAGAUCAGUGAUAAUGUUAAUGUUGAGAUCAAUGAUUAUGAAAAAGAUGAUACUGGAGAAAAGUUUAUUCAAGGCAAAUUUGAAAUUAAUAAGAUAGAGGAAUUGAACCUCACCACUAUAAAUAAAGCAAUGGAGGAACUAUUUGAUGAAAGUAAUUUCACAAAUCUAGAAAACGAGACCUAUUUUAGCAAUGAUACUCUUGAAAGUGGAUUUCUUCAUGGAUUUGGGGAAUCUAUCUCAAUUAUCCUUGUUUCUGAAAUUGGGGACAAGACGUUCUUCAUUGCUGCCAUUCUAGCGAUGAGGAACAAUAAACUGAUUGUGUUUAUUGGUGCUACUUCAGCACUUUUCCUCAUGACAGUCUUAUCUGGACUUCUGGGUUGGGUAGUGACAACAUUUAUACCAAGGGAGGUUACUUACUAUGGGUGUACCGCCAUUAUGUUCCUGUUCGGGUUCAAGAUGCUGUGGGAGGCCUGGCAUAUGGAUGAUAAUGAGCAGGAGGAAACACGAAGAGAAGUUGAAGAUGAACUAGCUGGAAGAAGAAACAAUGAUGCUGGAAGUACAAGAACUGCAAAUCGAAGACAGUCCCUGGAAAGUACAUCAGGACUGCACUUGUGGGAUUUUGCAUAUUGGCAAAUAACAACAAGGAAUGCAAUUUCUGAAGCAGUUUCUACCGCUCAGGAGAUAAAAGAUCUUCUCAGAUCAACAACUGCUGAAUUAACAGCAUUUAUAUUUGGCUUACGGAACUCAAUGAGCUCAUGGCAACCACAAGCAACACAACGGCCUACUGAGCUAGCGGAGAACUCUACUCUGCAUGUUGUCACAACGGGUGUUACACGUGGGGAAGGUAUUAGCAAUCCAGGAUUUGUCGAUUUAGAUACAGAGCUUGGAUACAAUGAGCACAGGCAUGCAGAUGGCAUAAGACAGGAAGCAGACUUUGAAGAGGCAUAUAAUGAAACCAGAAUUGAAAACUUGAAUAACAGACCGGAGCAGACACAAGAAGCGUUUAAUGAAACCAGAAUAGAAAACUUGAGUAACAGACCGGAGCAGACUGAAGAAACUCAACCUCCAAGAGCAGGAAAAACUGGAUUUAUUGAUGGUUUGAUAGACAGAACAUGUAAAGAGAAUUCUUGGUUCGGAAAGAAAUGCCUCCAGGUUUUCAAAUUGUUCAUAAAUACCUUCACGAUGACCUUCAUUGCAGAAUGGGGAGACAGAUCACAGUUGGCUACCAUUGUACUGGUCGGAAUUAAUGAUGUCGGAGGAGUUAUUGUUGGAGGCUGUUUAGGACACUUUAUCUGUACUGGAGGGGCAGGUAUGAUAAUAAUACAAGACUUGCACAUCAUAACCUAACUGCUGUACUUCAACUCCAAGAUCAAUAUUAAGAAAACAGAGAACAAUAUUUUAAUUUUUAUAUUUUUCAAAAUAAAUGUUUGUAUAAGCUA